AAGAUUUUUUCCAAAUUUCAAUAUAUAAUGUGAUGUAAUGUAAUGUAAUAUAUCUGCAAAUACAUUAAAUAAAUUUAAUAAAUAUUUGAUUGAAAAGUAAUAUUUUGUUCAACAAAUAAUUAUUUCGAAAAUGGAUUUUCUAACUGUUGUUCUAAUAGCUGUUUCAUUAAUCUUAUUUUUACUGUAUCGACGGUUUACCUAUUGGUCGCGUCGGGGUGUAGUCGGACCAAAGUUUAUAGAGAUGGGCGGCUUUUUCACUAAUCACCAUAACUUUACAAAAACUCAAUACGAAAAAUAUGGACCAAUAUAUGGCUCAUUUUCGUUUGAUAGGAAAGCCAUUUGUAUCAAUGAUCCCGAUUUGUUGCGCGACAUAAUGGUCAGGGAUUUCCAUAUAUUUCCCGAUCACAAACACUUUCAUUUCGGAAGCUCUAAGAUCGAUAAAAGUCUGUUUUUUAUGCCGGGAAACGAUGACUGGAAACGGGUUCGCAGUAUACUAUCGCCGACAUUCACGUCAGGAAAACUAAGGGCAAUGAUGUCUCACAUAUCGGACAUAUCCGAUAAGUUUGUCGAAAGUUUAAGUGAUUACGAAAAGAAAGGUGAACCGGUAGAUAUGCGCAAAUAUAUCGGCGCUUUUGCUAUGGAUGUGAUCAGUGCCUGUGCUUAUGGUAUAAAUGUUGAAUCCGUGAAAAACCCGAAUCAUCCGAUAGUGACAAACGCUAAGAAAAUUCUUGGAGUCGACGCCAAUAUUCAAGCACUUGUAUCAGUUCUGUUCCCACCUUUGGGUAAACUAUUAAACUGUGAACCCUUUGAUGUGAAUGCCGUUCAAUAUUUCGAUGAUCUGACAAAUCAAAUAUUAAAGGAAAGAAAAGCUCGUAAUAAAUAUGGAAUUAAUGAUAAAUUAAAACGGAGGACAGAUUUUAUACAAUUAAUGAUUGAUUCGGAAAAGACAAACAAAGAUCUCGGAUAUGACUCCAACAGUGAUGUCGACAUCGAUGAGUCCAAUGAACAAACAAAACAAACAAAACCUAUCGGCACACUUACACCGGAUGAGUUGACAGCACAGGGAAUACUAUUUUUUAUCGCCGGUUACGAUACUACAAGUGCGGCCCUAACUCAUGCUAUAUAUUAUUUGUCGCAAAACAAAGAAAGUCAACAAAAAUUGUAUGAAGAGAUCAAAACUGUUGAUGAGUUUACAUAUGAAAAGUUGGUUCACUUAAAGUACUUGAAUGCUGUGAUUAAUGAAACCCUACGAUUGGCCCCAUCUCUCACUCGUAUUCAACGUGAAUGUCUACAGGACUACAAACUGGGAAACACUGGCAUAACAAUACCUGCCGGUUGUUCAGUGGAAAUAUUACCGUAUGCCAUACAUCGGGACCCGAAGUUGUGGCCCGAACCCGAAAAGUUCAAACCCGAACGUUUCAUAGACUCAACACACCAUCCCUUUGCUUUUAUCCCGUUUGGUGGCGGACCUCGUAUUUGUAUUGGACAACGAUUUGCAUUGAAUGAGAUGAGGAUGUGUUUGGCGAAACUGAUCCACAGAUUUGAGUUUACAUUACCUGAUAAUAGCAAACAAAUGGAGUAUUUUAAGGGAAGUAUAUUAAUGUCACCGAAAGAGUUAGCCGUUAAUCUCAAAGCCAGACAAAUAUCAACUCGUCUUUAA